UCUAUUUGUGUAUGUUUUCAAGAUGCCAGUGAUCAAAGAGAAGACAUUUAUAUUGGAAAUCACAUACCUUGUUCAGAAAGCUUCAAUGGUUACUGUAUACAUGGAAAAUGCGAAUUCAUUUAUUCCACUCAGAAGGCUUCCUGCCGAUGUGAAUCAGGAUAUACUGGACAGCACUGUGAAAAGACAGACUUUAGUAUUCUUUAUGUUGUCCCAAGCAGACAAAAGCUUACACAUGUCCUUAUUGCAGCAAUAAUUGGAGCUGUACAGAUUGCCAUUAUAGUUGCAAUUGUCAUGUGCAUAACAAGAAAAUGCCCUAAAAACAACAGAGGACGUCGACAGAAGCAAAACCUAGGCCAUUUUACUUCAGAUACAUCAUCCAGGAUGGUUUAAUGUGAUGACUUUUAUACCUACAUUGACCAUGUGAUGUACAUUUUUAUUAUAUCUUUUUUUAAAGAAUGGAACUAUUUAUUUCAGAGGCCUUAUUUUUGGACAUUUUUAGUGUAGCACUGUUGGUCUGUUGUAUUCUGAAAGCAUCAGCUCUAACAGCUAAGGACUGGCUUAGUAAUUUUCCUUUCAUGUUUUUGAAUACAGUAGUUCAUUUUCUGCAUCUGUAUCACAUGGUUAUAUAGUAGAUUUGUGCUUUAUUCAUGGAAUGUAAUAUUUUUGAGAACACAGACUUAUUUCACCAAUGGUUGUAGAUAAACAACAACAACAACAACAAAAACCCCACAUUACCUAGCAAACAAGGCAUGAACUAAAGGUAAAGAUGUUUACAGCUUACUUUUCUUACGAAAAACUAGGAGACACUGUGUUUAAAUACCGUAGAUAUUUAAAUGUUUUUGAAAGUUAGUAACUGAUUUUUUAGAUACUGCCUAUCGCAUGAAGUGUGAAGCUGUGUAUGUGUGUAGUUGUAACAUAUUUAUAAAACGUAUUGGCUGGGUCUAAGCACUACCGUCUUCAUAAAUAAUUCUGACACUUUAUUUUUAAAAAGUAAAAAUAUAAUUUCAUAAUCUGGGAAAUUACCCAGAAAAGCAAAUGGCAUUGUUCCAAAAGAAGUAGGUCUUAGUAGAUUUUGGUAUUGUAAAAUCUGUGUUUAAAUAAUCAAACUCACAUGAUUGGAAUAAAGCCUACUUUAUCGCUGUUAAAACUGCUUUAAUACUUACUAAACUUUUUUUAAGACAAUAGAUGUUUUAACACCAACAAGACAGAUUGUAUAGUGUUUGUGAUUUAAAAAAAAUUAAGUUAAUUGAUGAUUAGUGCUCUUGUAUAGAAUAUUUUCAAGAGCUAAAUAAAGUCCAUCCAAAUUAGUCUGCUGGUUAUAGUUAUAUUAAUAGACUGUUAGUUGUUGUUUAAAAGAUCCAGAGAUAAAAUGUGAGUAGGAUGUGUUCGGCUGUUUAACAUGUAGUUUAGGCUUUCAGAAUUCUGCAUGUGGGAUUUAAUAAUUUGUUCAAUAAAAAAUGCUUUCAACAUUUUAACUGAAAAAGCAUGUCACAAUACAAUGUUUUCACUAUAUUGCAUCUGGUUUAGUGUGUUUAUUUGUUACUUGAUGUUGUUGCCAUGAUUUGAAGACUGCUCCUUUUGGUUUAAAUAUACUUACUUUUGAAAACUGCCUGAAUUCCCCCCCAAAGGAAAUCACUUCAUUAAAAUGAGAGCAACAGUAGAUCUUAAAUAAAUAUGCCACUUGGCUUGCCUGCUUAAUUAGUAAGUUGCUUAACUUUCCCAGAUUAACACUAAUAACUUCAUUGCUACAGAAGUGUGACCCUUUACAUGUAUGUUCCAUUCCAGACAUUGCUUUCCUAAUUUUAGAGGUGUCAUGUUGCAAAAAGUAUCCAAAUAAUCAUAGAGGGAUUGUCUGUAGUUAUAAAUAUUUGACCAACCUCCAGGGGUGGAGUUUCACACCCCACUCUGAACAUCUCUGAGGCCAGCUGUCGAGCUUCUCGCAAGGGUUCCAGAAUUGUUCCCCUAUGAUUUGAACAGUCAUCGUGUGAAGCAUUUAUACUUCAGUUCCUGUAACGCUGACUGAACACACUCACAAUGGAUCACCAUGAAGUGACCUCGGAGGCUGACAAAAUUCACCAAAAUCGGCUCUCAGAUGUCACAGAAGAUGAAGAGCAAGAUGCUGCAUAUACAAUUGUGACAGUCCUAGAUAAAGUGGCCAACAUUGUACAUAGUGUACAGGAGAGCCAGAAAAGAAUAGAAGAGCGACACCGAGAAAUGGAGAAUGCUAUCAAGACUAUGCAGAUUGAUAUUUUAAAGCUUGCUCAGACUCACAGCAAUACAGGCUACACUGUUAACAAGUUGCUUGAGAAAACCUGCAAAGUUAGUUCCCACGUUAAGGAAGUGAGGGCCCGGGUGGAAAAGCAGAGUGCUAAUGUGCAAAAGGUUGAAGCAAAACAAGAGGAAAUGCUGAGAAAAAACAAAUUUCGGGUUGUAAUUUACCAGGAGGAAACCGAAUGCCCGUCUUCUCUGUCUGUAAUCAAAGACAGGACAGGAGGUGAAAACCUGGAGGAGCAAUUCUUCCCACCUGAUGACCUCUCUUCGGAUGAAGAAUAUUACAUAGAAGAAGGCAGAGCAUCCAGAUUUAAAAAAUCAGGCAUGAGACGCAUAGAUAACAUCAAAAAGGCAUUUUCAAGGGAAAAUAUCCAGAAGACCAGACAAAAUUUUGGCAAGAAGGUGGACAGACUGCGAACUAGAAUAGUGACACCAGAGAGGAGAGAGCGAAUAAGGCAGUCAGGAGAGAGGCUGAAACAAUCAGGGAUACGGUUCAAGAAAACUAUUUCACAAGCAGCACCAACAAAGGAGACAUUCAAGCUCAAUAAGAAAGCUAAAGAACGAACAGUAGCUGAAGGACAAGAAGGAAUCCAGGAAGCCGGCGUGCAUGCAGUCUCAGCGAGUGGGGCCGAAGAACCAGUGACAGAAGAGAUCUCCUACACAGAAGUGAUCACUAAAGUAAAGAAGGACAAAGGCAGCGGAAGAAAAGGUGCUUCUCCGCCAACAGAGAAAGUCGUGCUCACCCCUGAAAAAAUUGCUCUUAAACAGGAGGCAAAGGAGGAAGGAGGUGAUAACAUUCUUCUGUUGGACCUCAAGCAACCAGCAUAAAUGAUCAAGUAGAGUAUUCUGUGUUAUAAUAUGAGAGACCCAUAGUACUUGUUUACUUGGGCAGAUUGAGAGUUGUGUGUAACUUCUGAUUGUUAUAGCAGAAAAAUAUAUUGGUGCUGUUUUAAUGUGUGUACGUGCCACAGACAAUGUGUUUGUUGCCUUUUUAUUACUAGGCAAAGUCACAUAAAGAGAAUGAAGGGUCUCAUCUCUCUUGAUGUGGACAUGUAACUUCAAUGAAUGCGAUUGGGAGUCACAUUUGCACAUCACUGGGAGAUGGAAACCCCUUGUAUAUUUUAAAACAAAAGGAAAAGGCACAUAAUAGCCUUCCUGCUCUCGUAAGUUUUAUGCACAGUGGCAUCCGAAGAACAGCUCCAUUUAUCUCAUGCCAGCAU